GGGGUAGAGACAGAGCUGGAGGUAAACAGAGAGAGAGAUCUCAGAGAGAUCUAGAUAAAAGGCCUCCAGGUGAAGAGAGAGAAUCACAGCAACUGAGCAAGUGAUUCAAAUCCAGUAGACAUUAAAGAUUUAAAGGCUCCGGUGCACUGCAUCCUGCAUGGCACGCUCAGGUGAAGACACGCUCACAGCAAUGAAUAUAGAGAGGAUUAUCGAGUGUAUCAGAGAGGAUGAUCAGAAAGGGCUGAAGGCAGAACUACAGCAAUUUAUUCGAGAGUAUGCACAGUGUUUCUUCUGAUUUGGAGGAGAGGGAGAGAAGAAGAAGGCUGGAGCUGGAAGAGUUCCGAAAGAAUAAAGUGCGGGAUUAUAUGUCAGACUCUGAUUCAGACUAUGAUGAAUCCAGUAACCCAGAUGUCAUUUUGAGACAGGCUCUGGCUACAGUUUUAAUCAGGUUCCUCCAGACUGAACCGCAAGGGCGUGUGCUGAAAGUAUGCCUGAGAUCCAUACGGAUUCUCUCGAGGGACAAAAAGGUUUUGGGCCCUCUGAUCACUGACAGAGCUCUUCUCACACUAGCACACCUGGGCGGCAUCAGCAAUGCACCUGUUCCCAAAGAAGAUACCGACGGCGACUCUGACCCCUAUAAUGACAUCAUCGAGGCUAUUUCUGAGAGCAAAUUGGGUCGAGCGGAUGAGGAUGAUCACGGCAGUGAGGAAGACGAUGGUUCUGGGGCCGUAAGCAGUGAUGUGAACGACCCUGUGGUCUGGGGCCAGAGUGAUUGGUGUGGCGAGCGUAAGGCCAGCACGUUUUCAAACAUGAGCCUCAGACCUUCUCGCAGGAGGAGCAGUGUCUUCAAAGCUCUCACUCCUGGUAAAAGAGACAGCAGAGGAAGCCUGGGAGGAGAAGAGGAGGAGGAGGAAAAAGAAGAAAAAGUUGAUGAUGAAGUCAACAGGAAGGAAGUCAUGAAAAUCUUCUGUAACAUUGUUUACAAUAGUACUUGGGCACAAGAGAGAGCCAGCGAACUCAGUCUCCUCUGUGGUCUGACAGAAAAGCUAAAUAAGGAGUUUCAGUCCGCAUCUUCCCCCUGUGGUCACUUUUACACACUCCGGUUCAUGUUUUUACUGACGGCGUUGAGAUCUGAACUCAGAGCACAGCUGAAACAAGAGGGAGGAGUGCCACUGUUGACCACAGUGCUGGAGAAGAGUUUAUCAGUCCAGUGGAAGGAACAGUAUGAGGUCAUGCUGGAUCCUACAGCGCCUCCUAUAAGUGUGGAGGACUCACAGCAGGCUCAGGAGGCCCUGAAGAUUCUAUUUAAUAUCACACACAGCACACACACUCAAGAACCAGAAGAGGAAGAUGCAUCUCUCUAUCGCCACCUGGCUGCAGUUUUGUGUCACUGUCUGAUGGUGUCCUGGGAGGAGGAGGAAGCUUCAGAUGAAUUAAAGGGGCAUGCAGCGAAUAUGCUGUCUGCUCUCCCGUUGAGCUGUUUAGACGUUCUGGUAUCUGUGCCUCUGGAUCCAGACUCACACCAGAUGAAUGGAGCCAACAUGGACUGUGUGCACAACCUACUCAUGUACAUGGAGAGAAAACUGGGGCAGGUAAAGAGAAAGGGGAAGAAAUAAAUGCGG